AUGACAACAAUACCAACUGAAAUUGUUUUAACUGUUAGAGAUCCAAAGAGCGAAUCUAUCUAUUUGUCAUUGAACGAGCAACUUAUUAAAAAACUGAAUGAAAUUCAAAAUGAACUAUACCAGUACCUCCGACUACAUGCUACGGACGACGAAGAGUUAAAAAUAAGAUUAGCAAAAUAUACACAUUUAAUUGAUACGACAAAAAAAAUUCGUGAUACACCGGAAAGUUGUCCAGUUCUAUUGUCCACAACGUACGGAACUGAAAAGAUUCAUUCAACAUUAACGUAUAUUAAUGAUCUUUUACGUCUAUUUGAAAAUCUGAUUGAGAACGGUAAUACUACAUUGUACGAUGAGUUAUUGACUCGUCUACCACGAAUCUAUGCUCCAUAUUCAACUGUCGGUGAUGAAGCCUCAAUACACGAGUCAUUAGGAAAUCUAGUGAUUGUCGAUACGCCAGGCCCGAAUGAAAAAAGCCAUUCUGAUCUAUUAAAAAAUAUCUUUCAAAAAGAAUUAGAAAAUGCAGCAAUUAUUUUAGUUGUACUCGAUUUUACUGCUUUAAAUACUGAAGCUGAUGAUUUUGUGGCAAAAAGUAUUAAUGAUAUUCGAUAUAUACAACAUGGCCAUAAUUCACUUUACGCUCUUCUUAAUAAAGUUGAUCAACGUGACAGAAAUAGCAUGACCGAAGAACAAGCACAAGAAUUUGUUGCUAACACAUUUAGUAUUAAAAAUGAUUCCGAAGAAACGCGAAUAUAUGAAAUUCAAGCUCGUCGUGCUCUUUUAUCGAAACAAUUUUUAUUUGAAUUAAAAUCAUUUACUGAAGGACAUGAUAUCCUACAACUACCGUCGGCAAAAGACUUUAUUGAGCAAGCUUUUGGUGUUCGUGGAAAAAAGAAAAUUCCAACUGUGGAAGAAUUACGAGAAGCUGUUGAAGAUUUAUGGAAGGAAUCUGGAUUUCAUUCCUUUUUACAUGGUGCUAUUGACAGUUUAGUUCGAAAAACUACACCACGUUGUUUGCAAGCAGCAUUAAUUUAUUGUCUUUCGGCUAAUGAACCUUUAAAAGAAAAUGUAAAAAUUGGAAGAAAUUUACUGGAUAAAGAUGCUAAAAACUUAGAACAAGAAAUUAUUGCAUUGAAAAAUGAUUCAAAAAAAUUAAAAGAAGUAAUGAAUACGCAAAAAGUUGUUUUACAGGCAGCUAAAAACGAUGCUAUGUUAAUUGUUAUCAAGAAUGAAUUUAAUAAAGCUAAAACCGAUGGCGUUAAUAGAUUGAACACUUUGUUUGAUGAAUUAUCUAAAGACGAAAUCGAUCGAAAAGUUCUAGCUGCAGAAAAGGUCCAGUCAUUUCUUUCAAAUAUUUUGAAUCGUAUAUUUCCUACGGAUCGAUUUCUUAUUUCUCCUAAAUUAGAUUUAACUUUUCUUACAAUAAAAGUAUUGAUGGGUGCCGAUUUGAUAUAUAACAGCGAAGAAGAAGCCAAAACGUUUAUUAAAGGGUGGAACAUUCAAGUACACGCGAUAAGUGAGAAUGCACUUGUUGAUAUUCGCAAGGUCGUCAAUCACAACUGUCAAAUGCUAUGUAAUAAACUAAACGUUGAUUUAAAACUUACAACAGAAGAAGUAUUAAUUGAAGCACAAAAACGUUUAACGAACACAUUUGAUCUUGUAAUACGUCCACCUCGGUUAUUCGAUUCAGAAAUCAAUGAAAUGGAAGAUAACAAUGAAAUAUCGGUUAUUGAACGAACAUAUCGUUCAUGGUGGACACUUCGACUGAUUGAUAUACCAUUUACAGAAGGUGAAACCGACAGUGAUACUCGAUUUCGUAUAACACUAGCAAGUUUAAGAAGUCAUUGCUUACAAACAUUACAAAAUAAUAUUGAUGCAAUUCAGGAACAUCUUGAAACAUAUAUACAAAAUGUCUUACAAAAAGCAUUUGAUAGACAUUUUCAAAAAUUAGAUGAAUAUUUAAAACGUUAUCAAGGUUUUGUAGAACAAUCAUUAAAUCGUACGUUUCGUACAAAGGAAGAGAAAGAGAAUUUUAAAAUACAAUUAAAUGAAUUAUUAAAUAACUUUCAUCAAAAUUUUAAAGAUAUUAAAAUGAAAUUACAACUACUUCAUUAG